ACACCCGGCAGCCCCCGCGCCGUGACGUCACGCGGGGGGCGGUGACGCAAGCGGAGCGGGGAGCGGGAGGCUGUCCUCACAGGAUGUCUGGGCACUGGGCCGGGAUGGCGGCGCUGAGUGCACUGCGCCACAUCCCCAUCAUUCCCAAGUCUCCACUGGCCAUCACCACCUCCAUCCGUCACAACUCCAACCGCGUCGCCAUCUCCCACCUCCACCGUCAGCAGUACGGCCGCCUCUACCCCGUCCUCCUGGUCCACACUGAUGGCUCCACCAUCCGCCUGCGGUACAAGGAGCCCAAGAGGAUCCUGAUGCUGCCCCUGGACAGCAGCACGCUGCCAGAGGCUGAACGCAAGGCUCGGUUGCGGAAGCAAUUCCCAGGAAAACCGAAAGCCAGGAUGGAAGAGAACAUCCAGGGCAUCGACCUGGACACCUACAAGCGCUUCUGGAAGAAAUGACGCGCUGGGACCGCACUGUUUUCAAAUAAAGCCGAGGAGCAUCCA